UCUAUUAAGAAUUUCAAAUUUACCAUUCCAAAAAAUAUUUUAUUAUGGAUAAUUUUUGAAAUUAGUAGUUAUUCGUUCGAUUAUUAUUUUUUUCGUAUUUGUUACAAUUACUAUAAAAUGUCGACAAAUGGUAAUGGCGCCAUCGCCCAGGUUAUAGCGUUAGUAUGCGGUCUAAUAGUCAUCGUGUUGAUGAUUAUGACAUUGACAUCCAGCGAUUGGUUGAUAGCUGAAGGAUGGCGCCAAGGAUUAUUUUCUCAUUGUAUUGGAGAAAACGCACCUACACCUCUUCCAUUUAACGUUCAAGAACGAGAUCCAGAAUGCUAUCCUGCAAGAGAUGAAGGAUACAUUCGUACCUCAGCUGCAUUAUGUAUUGUUGCUUUAGUAACUGACACAGUUGCAACAUUCUUAACUGCCCUUGGUUUACGAAGCAAUGACUACAGGACAAAAUUUAAAUUUUAUCGGUUCGCUGUCUAUGUUAUGGCAUUAGCACUGACCUCGUUAUUAGUAGCUUUAAUCUUAUAUCCAGUUUCUUUCAGAGCAGAAUUAAAUUUAGGGAACAGAACAGUUUGGGAAUUUGGCUGGGCCUACGGCGUUGGUUGGGGAGCAGCUAUCUUCUUAUUUGGUGCAAUUACGUUAUUAUUAUGCGAUAAAGAAUCCGAAGAAAUCUAUUAUAAAGAAAGAAAGGUGAUGUCCACCUAGUGUGCAGCUCCCCUGCCCGAUGUAGUGCUUUAGGAUGUUGUCAUACGAAUACGAAAGCAAUAUCCUAAAUUUGGGCAGGCGAGUAUUCACUACAUUUUGGCAAAUUCAAAUAUCUUCUUUGUUUUAUUUUUUAUUACGUUUAUGUAUGUAUAUAUCCGUAGAGUAGAUGAAAAAGCGCGUGUGUUUUUCAAUCCCGCACUGUUUACAUCUAUUCUUGUAUUGUAUGUAUCAGAUCUUCAUGUACAUACCGUUUUUCGCUCGUUUAAAUAGAUUAGUUCGUUAUUUUUUUUCUAAGUACAAUUUCAUUUGACAUGACUUAAUGGAUCUGAUGAAACUAUCGUUUUAUUUAUUUUGUGUUGAAACGAUUCGCCAUUAUGUGAUAAUUUACUUUGGCAUUUUAAUGUAAAAUUUUUUUUAAUCGAUGUUAAUCAUCCGUUUCUCUUUGUUUCGUAUAAAAUACACCGUUUACUGUUUCACUUCGGAAUAUGAUUUUAAAACGCAUAUUAAUUGUCAUCCUAACCUUACUUUUGUACUUCUUUCAUUUUUUUAUCGCAAUACCUGUUAUUGAUGUAAUGGCUUAAGUUUUAGAUUAUAAGCAACGUUUUAUAUGAUUCACUUGAAUGAAAAUUGUUUUAAUGUUGUGUAUAUGAAUGUUUAAAAAUUAAGUAAGCUUUAAAAAAGUUUUUUCUACCUGUUAAAAGACGUUCCAAAAAUCUCCUAUUUUUUAGACAACAAAUAGGUACCUAUAUUUAUUAUAUUUUUCAUGUGUUUCUCAAACUUGAAUUGACUGACUGUGUCAAGUCAAUAUCUGAAAAGUGAACAAUAAAAAAAUCAUAAUUUAACAUCCA